AUGCUUUUCCUCCACAUCCUCAGUGCCAGUACCCUGCCUGGCACCCAGCAGAGACCUGGACCAUCCAAACUAUCCCCCAAAGCCCUCCUAACUUCCAAGAAGAAAAAGUCAGAUUGUCUGAAAAGCCUGGAUCUAUUUAACUGUGAGGUCAAUAACCUGAAUGGCUACCGAGAAAGUGUGUUCUGGCUCCUGCCCCAGCUGACCUAUCCGGAUGGCUAUCAUCAAAAAGACCAGGAAGCCCCCAACUCGGAUGUGGAGGUGGAUGGUGUGGAUGAAGAAGGAGAAGAUGAGGAAGACGGGCAGGAAAAGGAUGGUGAGGAGGAAGAAUCUGAUGAAGAAGAUGAAGAGGAAGAUGUAGAAGGGGAAGAAGAUGGAGUCAGUGGGGAGGAAGAAGAAUUUGGGCACCAUGGAGAGGUAGAUAAAGAUGAAGAAGAUGAGGAGGAAGAGGAGGAAGAAAGAUGGAAAGGUAAAAAAAGGAAGAGAGAAAUGGAUGAUGGUGGAGAAGAUGAUGAAGGUCCCAGAUAAGCUGCAAAAACAGAACUGUUCAGUGUUGGUUGGAAUGCUCAUGGAUUUGACAACUGACACCCACCCACCCAAAGAGCCAAAGAAUAGUUCCUGUGACAUUCUGCCUUCCUCC